AGACAAAUGAUACUUCAAAUUCAAUUUGGGGGAAGAAACUCGAAUUUGUAAACCCUAGAAGAGUCCUCGAAACUCAAUUCAAUCAAUUUCGCCAUGGCUGAUAAGAAGAGAAAGCUCGAACCUCAAUCCAACGACGCCUCAGAGCCGCCGCAGAAGCAGCAGCAGCUCGAAAACGGCGACGAAGACAUCAUCAUCACCACAGAGAUCCACGAAAACGAAAACGAGAAUCAACGCCCCGAUGAGGACGACGAAGAGCCAAUCGAAGAUCUCCUGGAACCGUUCUCCAAGGAACAGCUCUCGAUUCUCCUCAAGGAAGCUGCUCAGAAGCACCCCGACGUCGCCGAUCGGAUCCGGAUCGCGGCGGACGAGGAUCCGGUUCACCGCAAGAUCUUCGUCCACGGGUUCGGAUGGGACACGAAGGCCGACGCGCUCAUCAAAGCUUUCAAGCAGUACGGAGAGAUCGAGGACUGCAAAUGCGUCGUCGAUAAGGGCACGGGACAGUCCAAAGGUUACGGCUUUAUUCUCUUCAAGUCGCGUUCGGGCGCUCGCAGCGCUCUCAAGCAGCCUCAGAAGAAGAUUGGGACUCGUAUGGCUGCGUGUCAGUUAGCUUCCAUGGGACCUGUCCAGGGAGGGAACUCUGCGGCGGCGGCGGCGGCGGGGGCGACGUCUCAGCAUUUUAACCCUGAGCAUGUGCAGAGGAAGAUCUAUGUUAGUAACGUUAGUGCUGAUAUUGAUCCGGAGAGGUUGUUGGAGUUUUUCUCUAGGUUUGGGGAGGUUGAGGAAGGUCCCUUGGGGCUUGAUAAAGCUACUGGGAGACCUAAAGGUUUCACUUUGUUUGUUUAUAAGACUGCGGAGAGUGCUAAGAAGGCGUUGGAGGAGCCGCAUAAGAGCUUUGAAGGCCAUGUGUUGCAUUGCCAUAAGGCGAACGAUGGGCCUAAGCCUGUUAAGCAGCAGCAUCAGCAUCAACAGCAGCAUCGCCAUAGCUCUUAUGAUCAAAGUUCGCGUUAUCGAAGGGAUGAUAACGCUGGUUAUGGUGCAACUGGAGGCCAUGGGCAUUACUUAGCUGGUAACAACCAAGCUGCGGCACUAAACCCAGCCAUUGGCCAGGCCAUCACAGCUUUGUUGGCGUCUCAAGGUGCUGGAGUGGGUAUGAACCAAGCAUUUGGACAGGCUUUGUUGGGGACAUUGGGGGCGCCUAGCCCAGGAACUGGAGGUGGAAUGCCAAGUGGCUAUGGUGGUCAAGCGAAUAUCACACCAGGGGUGUUUCCUGGGUACGGUUACGAAGCCAGUUUUCAGGGAGGUUAUCAGACUCAGCUUCCUGGUCAGGGAGGUUAUCAGACUCAGCAACCUGGUCAGGGUAGUGCUGGAAGAGGGCAGCAUGGUUUAGGGUAUGGUGGUCAGUACAUGGGUCAAUAGAUGCAACCACUCAGAUAGUCCUAAACAGUGUUUUUAAUAUUGGCCUGGUGAAUCUUCUGAAGUUAUUAAGGAGCUGAUGCAAAUGGGAGUUGUUUAGUUUUGGGAUGAAAUGUUACUCUUUACGUUUCUACAAAGGCCAUGACUCUCUUCAAACCUUUCAAGAAGUUUUAGUUUUACCAACUUUUUAAAGAUAUUCCAAAUAAGCUACUCUGUUCAACAACUUUGGUCGUUGUUUUAUCUAUGUGUGAACGAUUUCAUUUGUAAAAGUUAUACAGUGUUUAUCUUUACGCUCGGUUUGGAUUCGUAUUUUUCUUUUAUUCGUUUUA